UUUCAUUCAUUUAAAAAAAUGAUGAUGUUUGGAAGGUGAAUAAGUGUGGCAAUAAUUUGAGUUGAGAUGUCUUUGGGAUAUGGUAGAGAUGUCCAUCAGACAAUACAUAAUACUGGAAUUCAGGAGAGGUUACUUUAGGGCUAAAGAUAUUUAGAUUUAGGAGUCAUCAGCAAAGAUGACAAUUGAACCCAUAUGAGCUGAUGAAAUUACCGAUUAAGUUUACCUGUAUAAGGAAAGCAGAACAUCUAAGACAGAGUGAUGGAGGUGGUUGAAAUGUGUGAUAAGACACUCGGUGGGUCAGAGGAGGAUGAUUUAACAAAGGAAACUAGGAAGAAAAUUGGUGCAACAGGUAGGUGUUACAGAAGUCAAGAGAGUUGAGUGCCUUAAGAGGAGAGGGGUGGUCUUCAGUCAAAAGCUGCAAAGAUAUUGAGAGCAAAAUCCUUCAGGAAUUGAACAAAGGAUAGUACAUAUGUAUCACACAUGGUAUCCUUAAGAAACUCUUAAAUAUUUAUCGAAUGAAGACAAAUAGGGCAGAAUGACUGACUGGGGGAAAGGGGAAGCGUAAAAAGCAUCAAACUCGAAAUCGUCUCCUUUAAACUAGGCACAAGUGUUUGCAAAUGAGUUUAAAAAGCCCAUUCUGCCAAGCAGCUAUUUAUCUACUAAUUUCUUCCCCUCCAAUGCUCUAUGUCAUUCUGGAAGCUUAAGGUGUGCUACACAAUCCAUUUAUUUCUAUUUUUGUCUGGAUGUUCGAUUUCAUCGGUGUGGGGACACCUCGUGAAGGAAACUUUAUCAAUAUAUAAUAUAUAGACUAUAAUCUUACUUUUAAAAAAAGUAACCAUUAAAAUAUGCACAUAAAAUUGCAUACUUAUUAAAAAUGGAGGAAAAAAGACCUUAUUUAUGGACUGUAUAUUAAAUGGUAAACAUUCCAUAAAGUUCCUCCAAUUAUCCAAUAAAUGUUAGCUGAUCUUGAGGACAGAAAAAAAGGAAACAGUAUCACUGUCUGUUUCAGUUCAUCUCCCCUGGAGACCAACUACCCUUGCCGCAGGGGAGCAGAGAGUCCAGAUGUCAGGCUGGGGGAGGAGGGGCCAGGAGGCAGUGAGGCCAGCACUGGGGCGGAGAGGAGGCCCGGGCUUCGAAAACGCGCGUGCGCGGGACCCCUCCUCCCUUGGGCCCCCGCUCACGCAGUGCGCAUGCUUCCCGGAGGGCUGCUGGGCUUCUCAGGGCUCACCAGCCCGGGAAUCAUUAAAUGGCGCGGAAGGAGGGAAAGUUGACUCUCCGGUCUCUAGAGCCGCAGGGGCGAUGAGCGGCGACUUCCGGAGGGCGGAGUCUGGGACGGAGAUAUGCUUGAUCAAGCAAAAUCAAUUCCCACAUUGUUUUUGUCUAGAAAAUGUCUCAUUCUGCUCCAAAUCUGUCUUCACUCUCAGGAGUCAGGAGCUUCUUGCUCGACUUGAAGGUAGAAGUUCCCUGAAAGAUAUGGAACCUUUUUUGUUUGCUGAUGAAGGCUCUCCUAUCCAUGGUCUGUUACACCUGGAUCCAUAUGACCCUGCAUAAAGGUGAUGGGGAAGAUUAACCAUCUGUCUUGUACUUCUUCUUGACAAUGCAUCAUCUCAAAUUACCAUCAUAUUCCAGUUUUUUAUCAGAGAAAACUGAAGAAAAUACCUUUACAGCCUUUAAAAGAGCUAGAACAUGGCGGAAUGAGUGAUAAAGGCUACCCAUAUCUGGGAUGCAUUAAGAUAAGCUUUAAGUUCCACAAGGAAGUUGUUGGUUUCAACAGGAAGGUAAACACUAUGUCUCUGAGAUGUCCAGAUCCACCAACUCUAACUGAAGAACAUAGAUUGGAACCAAUUUUGGCCUGUUCAAAAUUAGCAGGGUCCUACGAGCAACAAGUUGAGACCAAAUACCUGUCCAUUUUUAAUAUCCAUGAAGCCUAUGCAGAGACGUAUAGUAAAGUAGAGACAAGCAGUAACAAACAGGUUAUAUCAUGAAAGUGCUGGCUAUUCAAACUCGGGAGUGAAUCCCGAGGUAUUUGACUUGGGUAACUUCUCAAUACUGGAAGGAUGGAAGGAUCAGUUGCAAUACAUCUUCAGCAAAAAGACAGGUAUGUUUUUCUGCAUGAGUGAAAUGUGGAAUGAACCUGAGAAGUAGCCCACAGGAUCAAAUCUCAAUGACUCCUGAAUGAGCCAGGAACUACAUAGAUCUUAGAAACUAUCUGAAAGAACUGCUGGUCAGUGGCAGCAUCCCCAGAAUUGAGCAGCCUAUAACUUCUAGUUAGGGGCACAAAGAAAUAUGGAAAGAUACAAAUCUGUGUAGAGUACCAGCCUUUAAACAAAAGAGCAGGUACACUAUACCCCAAGUUCAAGAAGCUCUGGAUUGUAUGCUCUACAGCCAUUGGUUCUCAGUUUUGGAAUUACAUUGUAGAUAUUAUCAGGUUCCUAUGGCUAAUGAAGAGAAAGAGAAGACUAAUUGUAUUUUACCAAUUUGGAUUUAUACCUUACAACCUCAUUGUAUUUGGAAAGACUAGAAAAACAUGAGGAGGGACUAAUGAAAGUGGCUAGAGAAAGCUGAUAUAAAGCUGUCAGUCCACAAGUGCUAAUUUUUCAUAACCCAUUUUCACCUGGAUUCUAGAAGUAUCAGAGAAAGAAAUGUGUGCUCUAUUAAAUAUAUAGAUCUCAUAGUACCCCAGCAAGGUGUGUAUGCAAGCCAAGAGAGUUUUAAGUGCUUCUGAAAUGUCCAUUUCCACAGAAUAUUUAAGAUUUAAGGACUUUAAUGAGAUUUGCCAAUUGUCACUAAUAUGUUGAGAACAAUGCUGCUAUUGUUAAACCAUUCAGUGACCCCAUUUGUGCAUGAUUGGAGAGAACUAGAAGUAGAAGGACAAGAAAUGACAAAUUAAGUUGAAACCUACAAAGCUACUUGGAGAUCAGGUAACAGACAAAUGUGAUCAAGUUUUCAAAAACUUGAUCACUUGCAUUACACAGACACUGAUGUUGGCCUGUGCAGAUCCAAGCAAGCCUUAUGUCACACGAGAGAAACAGACAAAAAGAAAUCACAGAAGGAGCCCUACAGUGGUGAAGUGAGAGUUGCCUUGGCCUCUUUUGCUUCCUAUUUAUGUCUCUUUUACUAAUAUGCUCUAUGUGUAUGCCUACUUUUUGGUAUUUGUGGGCAAGUGCGUUUCCAGUAUGUUGAAUGUUCUGUUACUAUUGUCUAGCUAAGUCAUUUUAGUAAAAAGCCUUUGCUUAGAGCUAAUUUAAUUAUGUCAACUAUUAAAGGAGAAUGCACCAUUGGGAACGUGUGAGCUAUAGUUUUAGGAAUUUAGACCCACAGAAGACGUUGAACUCGAGAUUACUCCAUUGGGGGAACCUCACCUGCUAGUGAGAGUGGGGGUGGAAUAGCCCAGAAAGGGGGUGCUACAUUUUUCUUCUUUUAGUUAAUCCAGUUAUUUGUGAUCCCCUUCUGUGUGUGCAGCACAGUGAUAUUGCCUAAUAGAUUUUUGAAACUGCCAUACAUAUGGACCUAUGACCUGUCAAUCAACAAGUAUUUAUUAAGUGUUUAUGUAGAACAUGCUCUGGAACUACUCUCCCAACUCCCACUUACACUGCUAAGUCAUGUACCUAGAGAUAGGUACUAUGUUCCCUCAGGGCACUUAAGAGGUUUAGGAAGAGUUAUAAUGCUAUAUAGGUCACAAGUCCCCACCCACUAGUUUUCUCCCUGCCUUAAUUAUGGAUUGAUCAUCAAUUAGUAAGCCAGAAUAAAAAGUGAUUAUUUCACUAUAAUUAACACAAAACAUCUCGUCACAAUCUGGGACACACAUUUCUUUCUCUGAUACUUUUAGAAUCCAGGUGAAAGUGGGCUCAAUCUCAGAGACCGCAUGUGGCCCAGGGGAAGUCCCUUUGCUAGACUCCUCCAGAUGUUCCUCUUAGGUACACCAAGCUUUUGUGUUGGGCUCUUUGUAGAGCCUUGAGUCUGUGUCUGUAGGACCUUGGUUUAUUCUUGAUUCCAGUUGCAGUUGCCACCAUCAGCUGAUCUAGGGACACUGCUAGGUUGCUAACAGGAAGAUAGGAAGUUCAAAAUCUUUUGGACAGUACAAAACACACAGGCUCUUCCUCCAGCUGAGGGGAAAAUGGGGGGGACUAAGACCUAUAGCUGGAUAACUGGGUUUUUACUCCUCUUCCCUCAAUUGAUUCCUUCUAAAGGGGGUUAACUGAAAUGUUCUCUCCUCUCCACUUGCUCAAAUCUCUUUGGUUCUGAACUGGCUCUUCCAUUUUAUACAGAUCCCCUCCACACCCCCCAGGAUGUUAACAGGUUUCUUGAGUCAAUCCAAACAUACUUCCUGUAAAACUAAGUACUUUUUUGACCUUGAUCUAAAGUUUAUGAGAUUGAUUUAUUAAGAUGUCUUCUCACCUGGUUAAGGUACUAGGCGUAUCAUUUUACCACUUUAUUUUUUAAAGUAGGUUUUUGUUGAUGUCUUUUGUUUUUUACAAAUCUAGUUGUCCUAGUAUACUUCCCCCUCCCUAUGCCAGACAGCCAUGCCAUGUAGCAAAUAGUAUUUUUUAAAGACAAAAAGAAAAAUAAAAAGAGGAAAAAUGUCAGCCCAACUGAUCAAUACUUUGAAAAAGUCCAAAAAUAUGUGAAAUACAUAACACUUAUGGAUCUCCUGCCUCCACAAAGGGGUGGGUUGUAGAUGUCCUCUCAUAUCUCUUCAUUAGAGUCAUGCUUGAUCUUUAUAAUUUUGUUACAUU